UUUUGAACGUUAUCAAUUAGUUAUAACUAUUAUAACUUAUGAACUUGUGAGAAUUAUUUAAAGGCGCGAUGAGCUGAUGAGCGGAGUAGUAGCAUAACAUCAUGCGGGGUACCCUUGUUUUUUACACGGUCAGCCAAUUAUUUAGUGGUGUUGGAAAAAUGCUAAAUAUCUCGAAAUAGAAGGUGAACGGUGUCGGUGGAGGGUUGAAAUCCUUGUGGAAUUCGUGUGACGUGACGUCCGAUAAUCCAUAAAAUAUAACAAUUGCGCGUGGCGUGUCUGUGCAGCUGGAGCUGUUGCCGGAGAUCCUGACCCGGUGCAUAGCGCAGAACCAGCAGAACCUGCAGAACACCAGCAACCUGGCGUCGACGACGGAGUCCAGGCGCAACUUCCUGCACCCGGAAUCGGCGGCCGCGGUGGCCACCGGCGGCCUGAUGCAACCGUCCGUCUCGUCGCCGGCGGGCAGCAUGACCGGCGUCGGCGGCAACCCGCUCAUGUUCCCGUCGUCGUCGGGCGCCCCCGGCAUGAUGUUGGCCAUGGGCAACGGGUCGACGGUCAUGUCGCACUCGCGCAGCGUGCCGCCAACCGGUGCCGGCGGCGCGUCACAUUACCACUGGCCCACCAGUCCCAUAUUGCCGCCCAUCAGCAGCCGGACGCCGCAUUUGGUGCCCGAGCCCAUCCAGCCGUCCAGCUGAGCCCACGCCCGACCGCCGCCCAUCGG